UGUAUUGCUAAUUAACUUAAUUGACAGUUCCAUCUCAUGUAAUCUCAAUGUGAUUAUCAUGACGCAGCCCACUCCAUUGCUGGUGUCCUAUGUGUCCCACUUUUUAGGCACUGAAAUGAUUAUAAGGUGCAAGUGUGGCUAUAAUCUGUAAUAUAUUUAUUGUAUAAAUACUUAUCAGCAGGCACACGUUCUCUCGCUGUUAAGUAUUCUAAUGGAUAAGUCAACAGGUUGAUUUUGGGUGAGUGGGAGGAGCUCUGUAUUGAACGGGGAACAUGCUAGAGUUUUAUUAGAGCGAGGAAUAUGUUGUUGUGUCUAAACAAGUGCCAUGUAGUAACCAGUUUGUCUUCCAGGUCGACUAUAAAUCAUUCUUCUCGUGUUUCUCGGUGAUGUAGGAGGCGAGACGAGUGCGUUGUCGUACGUGGGCUGGUGCAUUGGAAUGAAGCAUUCGGGUCGAGCCUACGUAAACACGGUGAUGAGAAUAUGUACAGUUUCUUGGGAGAGGUACACGAAGCUUGUGCAACAUCGCUUACUGGGACCUCAUGCAGAGAGUCGGUCGGAUGUAUAAUGCAACGAGCGAGUGUGUGGAUGUCUGCACAGAGUCAGCGCUUGCAAACGGCCUGUUUAUAGGACCGCUUAUGAACGACAAGCGAUCGGAUGCCAUCAAGAGAGUGAGAGAUCACAUCGGACGUGGUAUCCAGAUUUUGUGUGAAGACGACAGAGUUUGGAUCUACAAUCAGAGUGACUAUCCGAUUUUUGCUCAGAGCCCGACUCUGGACUACAUGUCGAAGGGCCGACUACCCACAGUCAAGAAAGUCCAACCCGGCUACUCAACUCGAGUCUUCGACUUUGAGAUGUUGGAGAUGCUCAAAUGCGAGAAGACGCCACAGAGUGGAAACAUACCCGACGAUCCGUUCUCAUUCAGAGUUAGCUUCGUGAAAGGCUGGGAACCUAGCUACACGAGACAAUAUCUGAGAAGUUGCCCAUGCUGGAUUAAUUAAGUUGA